AUGGCCACCGGCCCGCGAUCUCUCCACGCCCUCCUCGGCGGCGGCGCAGUCGCCGACUUGCUGCUGUGGCGGCGGAGGAACGCCUCGGCGGCGGCCGUGGUGGGCGCCACCGCGGUCUGGUUCGUCUUCGAGCGCGCGGGCUACAGCUUCCCCUCCGUCCUGUCCAACGCCCUGCUCCUCCUCGUCGCCAUCCUCUUCUUCUGGGCCAAGUCGGCGUCGCUGCUCAACAGGCCUCUUCCACCUCUUCCUAAUCUUGAGGUUUCAGAUGCAAUUGUUGAAAAAGCUGCAGAUCAUGCUCUUGUAUGGAUCAAUAGGCUGCUGGCUGUUGGCCAUGACAUCGCCAUCAAGAGAGAUAGGAAAGUUUUUAUAAAGGUGAUAUUGAUUUUGUGGGUGGUCUCGUUCGUUGGAAUGCUCUUCAACUUUCUUACGCUCAUUUACAUUGGGGUAACGCUUUCUCUGUUGGUUCCACCACUCUAUGAGAAGUACCAGGAUCAGGUUGAUGAAAAGCUUGGUGUAGCACACAGUGUACUAUCGAGGCACAUAGAUACCAUCGUUACCAGGGCUGGACAAUCAGCCAAGCAGAAGAAGACUGAGUAA